AUGCAAUUCAAGAACACUGCUCUAGCCACUGUCGCCAUCGCUGCCACAGCCUCCGCUGCCUCUUCUUCCAUCAAGGGUUACACUCCAGGUGAACCAUGGUCUACUUUAACCCCAUCUGCUACUUUGAAGUGCGGUUUCUCUCAAUACACUUCUUCCUUCGGUAUUGCCGUUCAAGAAAUUACUUCCGCCUCUGCUUCCGCCUCCGCUUCCAAGGCUAAGAGAAACGCCAUCUCUCAAAUUGGUGAUGGUCAAAUUCAAGCUACUACUGCUAAAAACACCAAGGCUACUACAACUUUGGCUCCAACCACCAAGCCUUCUUCUGCCAUCACUUCCAAGAGUGUGGUUUCUUCUUCUGCUAACUCCACCAAGACCUCUUCCACUUGUAACGCUUCUGCUACUGUCUCUCUACAAGAUACUUCUUGUAAGAACUCCGGUACUCUAGCUUUGACUCUAAAGGACGGUGUCUUAACUGACAACAAGGGUAGAGUUGGUGCCAUUGUCUCCAACAGACAAUUCCAAUUCGAUGGUCCACCACCACAAGCUGGUUCCAUCUACGCUGCCGGCUGGUCCAUCACUGAAGAUGGUAACCUAGCUCUAGGUGACUCCGAUGUCUUUUACCAAUGUCUAUCUGGUGACUUCUACAACUUGUACGAUCAAUCUAUUGCUGAACAAUGUUCUCCAAUCCAUUUGGAAGUUGUUGAAUUGAUUGACUGUUAA